AUGUCUAUCGCUACUGAGCCCAACGGAACCGCAACCGACAACGUCGAGUUGGCCCAGCCUGUCGCCAAGGUUGUUGUUGCCCAUGCAUUGACUGGCCACUCGCACAGCCUCGGACAGAGCUACAUGAAGGCUGAGAGCCCCCAUACCCGUGGACCUUCCCCCAUUGACUUUGAUGGCCUCAGCUUCCCCAGCAUUGGUGCCCGUGAGCGCCGUGAAGACACUGAAGAGACGCGCGCUGCAAGGAUCCAAAAGAUCUCGGGUGCUGUUCGUACGAUCCUCGAGUGCAUUGGAGAGGACCCCAACCGGGAAGGACUGUUGAAGACCCCCGAGCGCUACGCCAAGGCUCUCAUGUUCUUCUCCAAGGGCUACGAAGAGAGUGUUACCCACUUGAUGAACAAGGCUCUCUUCCAAGAAGAUCACGACGAGAUGGUGAUUGUCAAGAACAUUGACGUCUUUUCUCUGUGCGAGCAUCACAUGGUCCCCUUCACCGGAAAGAUCCACAUUGGAUACAUCCCACAGAACGGAAAGGUCGUCGGGCUGAGCAAGAUUGCUCGCCUCGCUGAGAUGUUCAGUCGUCGUCUCCAGGUCCAGGAGCGUCUCACAAAGCAGGUCGCUAUCGCCCUCCAGGAGCUCUUGAACCCCCAGGGUGUCGCCGUCGUCAUGGAGGCCAGCCAUUUCUGCAUGGUGAUGCGUGGAGUCCAGAAGCCUGGCAGUCAGACCAUCACCAGCUCCAUGUUUGGAUGCUUCCGCGAUAACGCCAAGUCGAGAGAAGAGUUCCUCUCGCUCAUCAGACGCAGCGGUAUCUAA